GGCUGCACGUCACUGCCAGGUUAACAUAACCACGCUUUUCUCUCCGACUUGCACCCUCUAUUCAUACACAGAUAUCUGCCUAUUUCGCAACCUCUCUACUACCCAACGAAGAAGACCAAAAAUACACAACGACCAUGUCACGUAGAAACGGCGCGCCUGCUGAGUCCAAGGACGAAGCAACUUCUCCGCCGGUAACCCAAUCGCAAGAUAGCCAAGUCCGUCUACUCACCUCAGAUGUCGGCCACUUCUCCCUCAUUCGUGCUCUGCACCUUGCGGAUCUUAUCACUGAGAUGAACGGCUUCUGCGGCGUCAUGUCCGUCUUCUCCUCGCUUCGCUACUGCAUCCAGGACGACCCGCACAACUACACCAACCUCUACUUCGCUCUUGGCCUCAUCCCCCUAGGCAUGUUCUUCGAUCUGAUGGACGGCAAGGUCGCACGAUGGAGAGGCAAGGCCGGUCUCAUGGGCCAGGAGCUCGAUUCGCUUGCUGAUCUGGUGUCCUUUGGUGUCUCCCCCGCAGCCGCUGCCUUCGCUCUCGGCCUCCGCACACCCCUUGACCACCUCCUCCUCGCCUUCUUCGUCCUCUGCGGUCUGACCCGCCUCGCGCGCUUCAAUGUCACCGUCGCCAUGCUGCCCAAAGACGCCACAGGCAAAUCAAAGUACUUCGAAGGCACGCCGAUCCCCACAUCCAUAGGUCUCGCCGGCUUGAUGGCUUUCUGGGCGCGCAACGGCUGGAUAAUGGACAGCGUGCCGCUGGGCGUUUGGGGUCAGGGAACCCUGUGGGAGUUCCACCCUAUUGUGGGCAUGUUUGUUAUUCAUGGGUGUUUGAUGACGAGCAAGACUAUCCACGUACCUAAGCCGUGAGCAUGUGGACUGUAUAAGUUGGAAGGAGAGGCGAUGAUGGAGAUGUGGAGGUGUGAAGAGUCCUACGCUGAAAGAUGGAUUGAGAAGUUGUUUGGAGCACGCAUCACAUACUGUACUUGGUACAACGGCCAUGAUGAAUGCUACGACUAGCGAGCAAAGCGAAUAUGUAGUAUAUGGUACCACCGCUCCUACAUGUACACUCAAGCUCUCAUGUCAAGAUUGAACAUCACCUGCCAGUGCCUGCCUGACCAUGAUAGUUUCCCCCAGCUCGAGUUCAAUAC